UGAUUUGACAUUUCUGACAGUCGCUGAUUACUGACUGACAGGUGGGGUUAUGUUAUGUAAAAGGCAUAUUUGAAAAAUCUACCAAAAUGUCCAGCCUUGUAAGAAUCAGCUUGAAGCGCUUCUUAUGUAAUAACAAUACCAAACUUUUCAAUGAAGGCAAAAACCUAACCCUGGUUCGAACCAUAACAAGCAGAACAACGAGAAGUGCUCAAGAUCGACCCCCAAAACCAAAACCAUGGCCCUAUCAAGAAAAAGGAUACACGCUCUUCCAUUACUUGUACGACAAGACAACUCCCAGGUUGGACGAGAAUUCCAAAAUAAUCGUCGUAGACGGACCAGUUGCUUCAGGCAAGUCAAAGUUCGCCAAGGAACUUGCCACCGAGCUGGAAAUGCUCUACUUGCCCGAAGCCAAUCUAGAUAUGAUUUAUAUCAACAGCUAUGGUUACGAUUUAAAGAAGUUGGAUCCUCUGAUGCCAGAAAGUUGCAGGACGCACGAUGUGAUGAAUUUCCUGAAGAAUCCCAAGCACAGGAACACCGCCAGGUUCCAGAUACAGCAGUAUAUUGUGAGGUUCUCUCAGUACAUUGAUGCCCUUGCUCAUGUUUUGAGCACUGGAGAAGGAGUGAUUCUAGACAGAUGUGUCUACUCAGAUUUUGUGUUUGCUGAGGCAAUGUAUAGCCAAGGAUAUUUGUCUAAAGCAGCUCGUAAGAAGUAUUAUGAAAUCCGGGACAACACAAUUCAUGAACUUCUGAGACCUCAUUUAGUUAUAUAUCUGGACGUUCCGGUACCGAAAGUUAUGGAAAAUAUAAAAAAACGGGCAAUCAGUUACGAACAGGAUUCCGCAGUAUUGACUCCCCAAUAUUUAGCAGAAAUUGAGAAGCAAUACAAGCAAAAUUAUUUGAAAGAGAUCAGCAAACAUGCAGAUAUGCUGAUUUAUGAUUGGUCCAAUGAAGGUGACAUUGAAAUCGUUGUUGAAGAUAUUGAACGGAUUGAUUUCAAUAGAUUCGACAUUCAAGAUAGCCAGAUGAAAGACUGGGUUUACAGAUUAGAAGAAGAAUGGGGUUGCUUGCGGUACAAGUAUGCUGAUAAAAAAGAAAAACUGAUGAACUAUUGUAAUGUCCCUUGUUAUGAGGUGCCAGAAUUGAUUGUCGAAGCCCUGGAUGCAGGAAAAUAUUACAGACUUCUAGAAGAGGCACCUGGACAACGGUACCAGAAAGGAUACAAUACCAAUAUGGGUGACAGCGGCUAUUUAUUCAAAACAUCAAUCCCGCACCGCCAAACUUUACCUUUGAGAGAAAGAAGGAUUGAGAGUUGAUUUUAUUGCGUUAAGGUCAUCGUUUCUGCUUAUCAAAACUUAGGUAAAUGAAAUAUAUACGUAUUAUAAUUGGGUCUUGUUUUUAUUUCAAUUUUUCUGUAUGCAUCUUAUGGUGACGUUGCAAUAAAUUAUUACAACUUAA